UCUCUCUCUCUCUCUCUGUUCUUCCAACAAUCUGAUCGAACCGUUCAACCCCAAGUCUCCCAACACGUUUGUUUGGUCUCUUCACUCUCAUUGUCCUCACCAGCAAUUUCCACGACCCUUUGGUUAAAGUUUCAAGCUUUUGAGAACAACUCAAGAACCCAGUUUGGUACUGCAACUUGGGGACCCUUCAAGCUCCCAGCUUUCUCUUCCACUCGCUAAGUAAUUCAGGAUCUUCUUCGUUUUUGACUUCUGGGAUUCAAGCUUUUGGUUAAGACCUGUCAUGCUGAAUGUUGCUACGGGUUGGUGGAGCAGUGAUGAAUACCAUGAUGGAUGAUAUGAACUUGAUUCAGCAAGCACAAAGACAUCAUUUAGUGGUUAGAGAGCUUGGUGAAGAAAUUGAUUUAGAAAUUGGACCAGGGGAUGAUGAUCCUUCAUUUGCAAAUACCCCACUCAUUGGUGGUCCACCACGAGAACCUUCUGUUGAGGACAAUGAUGAGAGCAAAAACAUGGUAAUGAUUUCUCAACUUCGCGGUCAAGAUCAAGAUAUGUCAAAGGCACAACCAACAAAAAGGAAGAAAAAGGUUGUGAAACGAUGGAGAGAGGAAUGGGCUGAUACCUACAAAUGGGCUUAUGUUGAUGUCAAAGAAGGGACUGCUAGGAUUUUUUGCUCUAUAUGUAGAGAGUACGGUAGGAAGCAUAGAAGAAAUCCCUACGGAAAUGAGGGUAGCAGAAAUAUGCAGAUGAGUGCACUUGAAGAGCACAAUAAUAGCUUGCUGCACAAAGAGGCACUGCGUCUUCAACUGGCCUCCAAGGAUAAAAUUAUAGUUGACAAACCCAUUUAUGUCAAAGCUCUUAUGUCAAAAACGGCUGGAUCAAUUGUUGAAGCUGCACUGAAAAGGGAUCCUAAUGAGGUUGAAUUCAUACAAUCGGUACAGGAAGUAGUUCAGGCUUUAGAAAGAGUGAUUGCAAAAAAUUCUCAUUAUGUAAACAUCAUGGAGCGGUUGUUAGAGCCUGAGAGAAUGAUUGUAUUCCGAGUUCCAUGGGUUGAUGACCGAGGCGAGACACAUGUUAACCGAGGAUUUCGGGUACAAUUUAACCAGGCUUUGGGUCCAUGUAGGGGUGGUUUCAGAUUUCAUCCUUCUAUGAGCUUAAGUGUUGCCAAGUUUCUUGCAUUUGAACAGACUUUAAGGAAUGCUCUAUCACCUUACAAAAUUGGAGGGGCAGCAGGUGGAAGUGAUUUUGACCCAAAAGGAAAAAGUGAUAAUGAGGUGAUGCGUUUUUGUCAAAGUUUUAUGAAUGAGAUCUAUCGCUAUUUGGGUAUUGACAAGGACCUUCCUUCAGAGGAGAUGGGUGUUGGAACUCGGGAAAUGGGAUAUCUUUUUGGACAAUAUAGACGUCUAGCUGGUCAUUUUCAGGUACCAGAAACACUGGGAAGUUUUACAGGACCAAGGAUAUUCUGGUCUGGUUCUAGCCUUCGCACUGAAGCUACUGGAUAUGGUCUGGUUUUCUUUGCACAGCUCUUGCUUGCAGACCUGAAUAAAGAUUUCAAAGGAAUAAGGUGUGUUGUAAGUGGCUGUGGAAAGAUUGCACUGCAUGUUCUGGAGAAGCUUAUUGCAUAUGGUGCUCUUCCUGUUACAGUUUCUGAUUCAAAGGGUUAUUUGGUGGAUGAAGAAGGAUUUGAUUAUGACAAAAUAGCACUUCUGAGAGAGAUAAAAACUCAACAGAGAAGUUUAAGAGACUACUCAAAAACGUAUGCUCGAGCUAAGUAUUAUGAUGAAGCCAAACCUUGGAAUGAAAGGUGUGAUAUCGCAUUUCCUUGUGCUACCCAGAAUGAAAUUGAUCAGUCUGAUGCCAUGAAUCUGGUCAAUUCAGGUUGUCGUAUACUAGUAGAAGGUUCAAAUAUGCCAUGUACACCUGAAGCUGUUGAUGUUCUAAGAAAAUCUAAUGUUCUAAUUGCUCCUGCAGUGGCUGCGGGUGCUGGUGGGGUGGUUGCUGGAGAAUUUGAAUUGAACCAUGAGUGUAAUUCAGUAAACUGGUCACCGCAGGACUUUGAGUCUAAGCUACAGGAAGCAAUAAAACAAACUUAUCAGAGAUCCCUUAAAGCGGCACUUGACUUUGGCUACUCAAAAGAUAGUCCUGAGUAUUUGGUACAUGGAGCAGUCAUUUCUGCUUUUCUGACUGUUGCUCAAGCUAUGACGGAUCAGGGUUGUGUAUAGAGCUUAAGGAUAUUUUAUAUAAUUGGCAUGCUUCUCAAGCUGAUGUGAGUUAUCGACAAUGAAUGGUUUUGGCAACACAGAAGUUGUUGGCAGCAAACUGUGGAUCUUUACCAGCAUAUCCCUCACACUCUUUUAAGUUGAUGAAGGUGGCAUCAAAGGUAGAAGCAUAUUCCCUUGAAAAUAUAUGUAAUGUAAUAGAUGUAAGUUGGAAAGUUGAAAAUGGUAAUUGUGGAGAAUAAACUAUGAUAUGCAGAAUGAAAGUAUAAAUUGAGGAAUAGGUUAAGUCAUAGGAGGAAGGGUUUGAUAACUCUAUGAACUUAGGUUCACUAAUUAGUACUUGUUGCUUGUAUUUAGAUACUGGCUGAGAUUGGAAAUAAAAUAUAAUGAUCUGUUGUACAACUAGUAA